AUGGCAGCUUCUUCUCCGAUGGCUAGCCAACUCAGGUCCACCUUCACUAGGACUCUUGUCUCACCCAAGGGCCUCUCAUCCUCUUCUCCACUCCAUCUCUUCCCUUCCAGAACCCACUCUACCUUCACUGUUAGGGCCAUCCAAUCAGAGAAGCCAACCUAUCAAGUGAUUCAGCCAAUCAACGGUGACCCUUUCAUCGGAAGUCUGGAAACCCCAGUUACGUCCAGCCCAUUGAUCGCCUGGUACUUGUCCAACCUCCCUGCUUACAGGACCGCAGUGAGCCCACUACUCAGAGGCAUCGAAGUGGGCCUGGCCCACGGCUACCUCCUCGUGGGUCCAUUCGUGAAGGCCGGGCCUCUCAGGAACACCGAGUACGCGGGCGCAGCGGGGUCGCUCGCAGCUGGUGGGCUUGUGGUGAUCCUCAGCAUCUGCCUCACAAUGUAUGGGAUCGCGUCGUUCAACGAAGGAGACCCAUCGACGGCCCCAUCACUGACCUUAACGGGCCGCAAGAAGCAGCCCGAUCAGCUCCAAACUGCUGAUGGGUGGGCCAAGUUCACCGGGGGCUUCUUCUUCGGAGGCAUUUCGGGGGUUAUUUGGGCCUACUUCCUCCUCUACGUCUUGGACCUUCCUUACUACAUCAAGUGA